AUGGCCCUCGCUUUGCGCCUCCGGCGGACCCUUGUCGCCGCCGCCACCUCCUCCUCCUCGCUUCUCCGUCCGGCCGCACCAGCCUCCCUCUCCCAGCCUCUCCCGCUUCUUCUCCCCGGCGCCGCAGGAGGGUUCCAGUCGAGGGCGGCGGCGGCAGCGGUGCGGGAAAGGGGCUACAGCGGCGUGGCCGAGGACAAGAACUCCCCUGACAAUGGGUGCGACUACAAACACUGGCUCAUCAGGAUGAGUUUCCCGGACCCCAAGCCGUCCCGCGAGGAGAUGAUCGAAACCUACCUUAAGACCCUCGCCAUAGUCGUUGGAAGGUAUAAUUUAACUUCCAACAAUUUAGCAUAG